AAACCAGCAAGCGAUUGAACGGGGCCAUGCGCCGCCACACCCUUCAACUUUGUCUUCCUCAAUUAGCGACUGCAUUGAUAAGAUUGCGUCAGGAGGGAAUUAGAUUUUCACGUGGACUCCGCAGCUGUUCUUCUACCGUAUGUAGGUACCUGACUUCGAAGAAUCGAAACAAGACGUUGCUAGCGACGCAAUUGCUCCUUGUCAUCCAGCUCUGCACAUGUUGCAAGGAAGGAGGCGACCCGCUGGUUUAUGAAUGUUUGCAGGAUUGGUGAUCAUUUCUCGCUGGCAGCUGAUUUUAAGGUGUCAGAGGUGUCUUGGUGCAUACUGAUUAGGCAGCAUCCCAAGGUGCCAUUUCGUUCUCUGCUAGCAAGGGACAAUUGAGAGUCCCGUGUUUCCCCUACAAUUGUUCAAGACGCUGGAAAGGCAAGAUUCAUUUGCAGAAGACGAAUUGAUCUAUAACCAACUCUUAGUACAUUGCCUACUUGCGUUUCCUCCACACCUGCAAGCAUGGGCGACUCAAAGUAUGAGUACAAGGUGGACCCACGCUUGCCCUUGGUCCAGGAUGCGGACUUGCAGGACAAAAUCGUUCUGCUUCGAGUGGAUCACAACGUUGUCAAGAAGGGGAAGAUCUUGGACCAGUACAGAAUUGACUGCACGUUGGCGACAUUGUACAACAUUGCUGAGCGCGGAGGGCGCCCCAUUCUGAUGACACACGUGAAUCGGCCUUAUGACAAAAAGACCAAGACACUUAAGUGUGACCCCAACGACGCCGUGGACGCCGUAGUGACGUACCUGCAGCGCAAGCUGCGCAUCAAGUUUGCGGUGCCCAACUUCCAGCCGCGGGGAGACAAGGGCAUCCUGGACAUCGAUACGAGCAUCAACCACCUGAUCCACGACCUGCGAGAGAGGCGCAUUGGCGGAAUCUACCUGCCAAACACCCGGUGGUUCGCGGGUGAGGAGGACAAGGGCGAGCAGAUGCAGCGGUUCGUGGUGCAGCUGGCGGGCCUGGCGGACUGCUACGUGAACGACGCGUUCGGGUCGUGGCAGCCGCACGCGACCACGUUCCACAUCACCAAGCUACUGCCCAGCUACGCGGGCCUGCUCAUGCAGUCGGAGCUGGAGCACGUCAGCGAGAUCCUGCGGCCCAGUCGCCCCUUCGUCUCCAUUGUGGCUGGGUCCAAGUACGACACCAAGAUCGGCCCGCUGUCCAAGAUCUACGAGACGGUGGACCACCUGCUGCUGGGCGGCGUGGUGUACAACGCGUACCUGUGCGCCAAGUACGGCGUCAAGAUCAAGGGCGUCGACGACUCGGACGUCGAGCUCGCCAAGGGCCUCGUCAAGCAGGACGAGCAGGCCAAGAAGCUGGUGGAGCUGCCGUACCUGGUCGAGUCGGACACGCUGGACGGCCGCAAGGAGGGCCAGUACCGCACCAUCAGCACCGCCGACUUCAAGCCCGGCCACUCGUACGGCUACAUCCUGGACACGGACCCCAAGUCGUUCGAGGUGCCGGAGGUGGCGCGCGCGCUGUCGGAGGCCAAGACCAUCUUCGUGAACGCGGUCAUGGGAUUCACGCCCUUCUUCUUCGAGGGCACCAAGAAGAUGGACGAAGUCAUCGACAGCAACACGGGCGCGCAAAAGUACUACGGCGGUGGUGACACUUUGCAAGAGCUGAAGUCGCUCAACCCCGGUCUGUACCAUGCCGCGAUCGACAAUUCAAAGUACUACUUGUUCACAGGCGGCGGCACGGUUUUGACCGUGAUUGAGAAGAACGACCCGUACGGGCUGGAGCCGGUGAAGGCCCUGAUGGAUAACGCGGUCGCGUUCGGUACCCCCACGCGCGCGUCGCUCCGCAGCGGAGAGGCGAACGGCCAUAACCUGCCGAAUCUCAAGGUACCGCCAACGUCCACCUACUACGCUUCCCUGUUCGAGAGCCCCAGAGUGUCAAAAACGCCACCCUCUUCCGGGGCCAAUGGACCCGUCUUCACGAGGAUGGACAGUGGCAUUAAGUCGUACGACACGGCUGCCUUUUAGCCCUACGUUACUGGUGCUUGAGUAACUUUACGAGGUUACGAACUUUUGAAAGAGCUACGAGCCGACGGUGGCUUCAUGAGACGCCCAACCUGUAUAGAAAGACGGAAAGGUGCAUCCUGUAGAUAAUGAUCAUGUUGAGGCUAGUCAAUCUUGCAUAUCCUGGAACAAACGUGGUGAGAAACAUGAACACAAGCCGGAAAGGAGUUACUAUAACUUGACACAACAGCUUAGCAGUUGUGAAUGAAAAUUACACUUCCCUACAAGAGCUGCUUCCAAACAAACCACCAGAACGACAGUCUCGCUCUUGAGUUAAUAUUGCUUCUGACGGUGAAACGUGACUCAGUGAUGGUGAGGGUGCAUUUGAUGCUUCCAAGUUCCUCGCUAGGCUUCC